AUGGGCUGCUCCUCAGGUAGACAGCCCCCCGCGCCGGUUCUUCACCCCGACUUGGACUACGGCAACGGCAGCGAAACCAACACUCUACCGCAGGACUCUGAGAACCAAGGUUUGAAUGGACUGAGAGGCAACGGUGAGGAUGAAAGAGCAGAGAGGGAAGAGAUAACGCUACCGCAGUCUUUACCGACUCUUGAAAGAUUAGCGCAGGCGACCGGGGGUACGGAGAAGUCGUGGUACCGGUGCGUGUUCCCGUUCGGCGUCAUUUCGUUGGUGAUCGGCAUGGCGGGCACGGGGGUCACGUUCAAGUUCAACACGCUCCUCCAGACUAAAGUGGUGUCGGUGGCGUUGUUGUGCGUUGGCGCCGUGAUGCUGCUCGUGGCCGCCGUUUGCUGGAGGGCGCACAGACUGAGGAGGAGGAAAAAGAAGGAAGGGGGGUUCUUCACGGCUGAUCAGGGCAUGUUGUGA